UAGUUUUUUUAUGACUGCCUACAAAAUAUGCUUACAAUGUAAAUCACACUUGUAUCAGAAAUGAGAGACAAUUUUUCAUGGAAAUGAGGAUUUCCUGUAUGUAAAAGGCUAAAAAACCCAUAAUUUUCACUUCCCUUUUCAUUACAAAUAAAACACCGCUGUCAAUCCCUGGUUCUUUUCAAAAAGAGCAGUCACAAUGGACCUGGUUAUUUCCCUCUUAGUGCUUUCAACACUGCCGCAGCUUGUACAACCUGUGGUCCCCCCUUUGUUAUUUAGAACUGUUGUGGAGAUCACAUCUGGAGACUCAAAAGUCUUCUCUGGGGAGAGUGUCCGGCUGAGAUGCAGCAUUCCUGAUAACUACAACUUCACCUGGCGUUACCUGUGGUUCAGAGGGUCGAAGCAGCUUCCACAAAAUGGAGAAAAUAUAGUCCUAUGGAAUGCAAAUAUUAAAGAGAGUGGGAAAUAUUACUGCCAAGGAUUUAGGAACUCUAUUGUUGGAAAGAUACAUACCCUCAAAAGUCUGCCAGUGGAGAUCACUGUGGAUGGGGGGUGGGCCAUCCUGCAGGUCCCACCACAUCCUGGACUUGUUGGAGAAUCCCUGAUAAUGACCUGUCAUGUCCGAGGAAACCCCCCCAUCCGUGAGGCAAUUCUGUACAAAGACGGCGUUGAAGUGUUGAGACAGAAUGGCUCUGGUGGACAUUUGCACCUGACCAAUCUGACUCUGGAGGAUGGAGGGCUGUACUCUUGCAGAGCCUCCUGGGAUACAUUCAGACAUACAGUUUCUGUGAUUUCAACUGCCACUCAACUACAGGUUUUAGAGGUUUUGACACAGCCAAUAAUGGAGAUUGUUGACGACAAACCAAUAAAUCCAUCAAAUAUGAAACUUGUGUGCCAUGUACAAUACAACGCCAGGGAUCCUGCACCUCCAAUGUACUUCUAUUUCUACAAGAAUAACAAGCACCUGGCAAUGGCUAUUUCUCAGAACUAUAUCCUGGUCACACGAAGCCCGGGCACAUUCACCUGCAUGGCCAUGGUGCCUCAGAUGGGGGUUUCCAGGCAGAGUGACCCUAAGAGCUUUGGACAAGUGACAGGAACACAGACAAUGAAGCCUCCACCUCUUCCAGACAGCGACCCAUGGACCUCAGCCUCCCCAGACAUGACCUUAUUCCCUUCAUUUGAGCCUUCAGAGGUCCAAUCCUCCACCCAUCCACCCACUGCACCCACUAUGGACAGCACCCAGUCCUCAGAGCCUCCUCUAAUGACCUCACAGCCAGCACUAACCACUCCAUCAUCCACACUCCAGUCUGCAAACAACCAAACUGUUGCCUCAGAGACUGAAGAUGCAUCUGGGGGGUCCAGUGAAAUGUCUGGGGAUUCUCCAGAUGCUGAAAUGGAGUGAUGAGUUAUCAUAUGUUACAUGCAGAUCACUAAAGAAAAUAAUGGUGGAGGAUAAUGUGUGAUGAUUUUAGCUUCUUGUAACAAUCCCAUUAUGCUGUAAUUUUCAUGAAGAUUUAUGUG